CUUCUCCCGUUUAUUUACUUAUUUUAUCGGAUCCAGACCAGCAACACUUGGGAUGGGGUACAUUAGUUCGAGCUUGUAGUGAGUUUGACCAUAUGCACGCCCCUCCUCUUUUUUUUUUUAUAUAUAUACCCUGUAGUAGUCCAUUUAGGGCGUUUGCAUCUAGAGGUAUUAAGCCUAUGCCUUUGUGUUUUGUAGCCUUCCCCUCGUUUAUACGUGAGCCCCUUUUUGUUGUUGAGACGUGGUUUCAUGGCCAGUGAGGGCCCGUCCGAUAUACCCCCAAGGGCUGAGUUUAUCGACCUGUCUUCAGACUCAGAGUCCCCUGAGGGGAACCCUCACCAGGACUAUGAUUCUUUGAGGCAAGCCCGCAUUCGCCACCUCGAGUGCAUGGCUGAUCUUAGGCAUAAAAUUUGGGUGGUAGAGAGCGAAGUUGACUCGGUGUCGAGGGGAGAUGGAGGACUUUCACCCCUGGGCCUUAGUGACCAUGUAGCGCGUCUUAGGACGACCCUUUUCGAAUUGCGGUGGGAGUUAGAAUUUAUGGAGGGACACAUUCCGCCAGAACCUCCCACUCCCCCUUCGCCUGAUGACGGUCAUGGGGCUAUUAGCCCCUCUCCUCAGCCUCUAGUCUCAGUUGAUCCUAACUUAGCGCUUCCGCCAUCGCUCCCUCGAUGGAAAACUCUUGCUAGAAAGAAAAAAUGGAGGAUUAAGUGUCCUGCCUCUUCCUCACAUAUUUCUUUUGAUUUUGCAGAUAUGUCAAAGGCACGCAGACAAGUGUCCGUCCAGGAAGAGGACGACGCCCCCCUACUAGCGUCCAGCCUAAUGUCCCACGUGUCUCCGAAUAAAUUGAAGGCAAUCGUGAAGCAUUACCGAGCUCCUCCAGAAUACGCCCUGCACGCUCCUCAGGAGGCUUGCCGGGCCGACCGCCCUAAACGGGGCUUUGUGGCUUUGAGCGAGCAGAUUCUGAAGGCGGGUGGCAUCAUUCCUCUGCACCCAUUUUUUGUGGCGGUUCUCAACUAUUUUGAUUUGGCCUCUCUCCAACUGUCGCCCAACAGUUGGUUGACUUUAAGUUGCCUCUUCAUUUGGUUUAAGGACAAUGAGAAACGCGCCCCGACGGCGCAGGAGGUGCAUUCCUUGUAUAACCUCGUAGCAUUGCCCAAGUCCAAGGGCUUCUACUACCUACAGAAGGCCAACAGUGAGCUCCCCUUAAUAGAGGGCUCGGUGUCCAAUACCGGGCCUUGGAAACAAGACUUUUUUUGGGUAGAGGGGCCUCUCUCGGUUCGUGAAAGCUUCCGCGCCAACCCUAGGCACUUUGCUGAUCCUUCGGUCAUUGGGUCUGAGGCGGAGGCCAUAGGCAAACUCAUUGCUGCAGAUUCCGCUGAGAAGAAGGCAACGGUCCUUUUUACGGUGGAGAAUCUCACCCGCCACCAAUUGUCCCCGGUCUCUAACUCCAAGUUCCUGUGGUCGAUCACCGGGUCUAAGAAGGUUGUGGCUACGCCGGCUGGGCCAUCACUACAUGAGGGUGAGGCUGAGGUGGAGAUGGAGGAUGCCCCCCCGUCCCCCGGGGGGUGCCCUCUCUAUGGCCCACAUGACCAGGACAUGACUUUUCCAUCUCUGGACCCGCAGGCCGCGGCGGGAUGUUACGCCCCUCCUGGCCUUGAUGGUACAGACGUUUUCCCUCAGGUCCCCCAUGACAUUGGCAUACCAGACUCUGACUACGUCGACCUCUCGGAGCCCCCUUCUAAUGCACCGGGGUCCCAGUUUUUUCCCUUCUCUGCGCCGCCUCCUGCUUCGGUGAGUGGCUCAUCCGUUCCUGUCCAACCAGAUAUUCCUAGCGUGGAGGCAGAGCCUUGGGUGACCAGGAUGGCCUCAGUUUAUGGGCAGCGUUUCGUUCCAAUAGCUGCGAGCCUCCCUGUCUCCGACUGGAGGAGCCUGGGGAAUGUGACUCAACCAGACCUCAGGGAGAUGUUAAGGCGUGCCGCGGCUUGGGUCUAUAUCGUGUCUCUUCGGCAUGCUGACUCGUCCGGCGUCCUCUCCGCAUCUACCACUGAGAGGGACGGUCUCAUAGUCCAGGUCCAGGAGCUCAAAAAUGAGCUUAACGCAACUAAGGUUCAACUGUCAAAGGCCCGAACUAAAUAUGCCAAGUUGGACUCGAGGAAUGAGAAGCUGAAGGCUAAGAUCAAGGAGCUGAAGGGCAAGGCUAAACGCCUGGAGCGCGAGCUCCAGGGGGCCAAGGUCGCUGCGUCCGGAUCGCAUGAGAUGGUUAUCCAAAUGGGGACUGAAGUUGAGGCCCUUAGGGCUGAACUACAGUCGGCUCAGGAGAAGGUCGCCUCCUUGGAGGCGAAGAGGGCUUCCGGGAGACGGCGAGAGCUUCCUUGGAGGCGGAGAGGGUCAUAACCGAGCGCAAGUCUAUAGACCGGGCUCUUUACAAUGUGUGGAAGCAGGAUCCCAACUUCAAAUUCUCCUCUUUUGGUGAGCAGGCCGUUGCUCGAGCGGCCUGGUGGAGUGCCCACUACGGGAGGCCUUGAAAUAGUCUCGCUCCUUUUUUUUUUAUUUUUUUAUUUUGUAACAUCAUCACCAGUGCUACUUUUCUGUUAGUAACUCUUGUAUUCUCUCGAUAACUCUUUUUUUUUUUUAAUGUAUAAAUAUAUAUGAUGUUGCUGUUUAUUUCUUGUUCUGUUGCAUUUGAGGCCCUUUUAUGCC